GGUAAAUUGAUAUUAGAGUGUUUUAGUCCGAAUCGUUCAAAACAAACGAAGAUAUUUAAAAGUAAAUAUAAAAUAUAAAUAGAUAAAUAUUUACAACAGUCAGCAGGACUCCAUUCGUUUCAGAACUUACCAAGGACAAGUUAUUUUAAUUUACAGUGGUGAAACAAACAUCCAAAGUGUAUAUUAAAGCUAAUGUGUCUUAACUGGUGCGGUGCUCCAUCUAAAUUUCAGGAAGCCCUGCUGCUGCGUUGGUCCGGUUAGACGUCCACUGGUUUUCCUUCGGUGAUUCCUUGCGGGAAGAAGUUCGGAUAGUUCAGGCCCCAGAUAUAUAAAUAGGAAUACAAUGUGUAUGCAGACGUACUGCAAGGCCCACCUCUGGAUCAAUAAUAGUUAAAAAAUCGUCUGAGAUCCCUCAGCAACGAAUAUGAAAUCGUCCAGCGUUAACGAGCACAAAUUAACAGGUGAUAACGCCCUCACAAGCCUGUCAGGAUGUGUGGAGAUCAAGAAAGACUAUUCAGAAAAUAUAUUUUCCGCAGAGGACCUAGAUACGAACAAAAAAGUUUUGAAGCCAGCUGCACCAAAGAGACGUUGCCACAAGUGCGAAACCUGCGGAAGAGUCUUUUCCCGGAGCGACAACCUAGCUCGCCAUAUACGAACGCAUUCCAGCGAGCGACCGUACAAGUGCGAUGUAUGUGGCAAAGAAUUCAUUGAAAUUAGCCGAUUAAACCAUCACAACCGUACUCACACUGGCGAACAGCUACAGACCUGUGAGUUGUGUGGCAAAAAAUAUACUAGAGCAGCCGAAUUCUUGCGACACCAGCGUACUCAUACGGGUGAACGACCCUUUAAAUGUGACGUCUGCGGGAAAGAUUUCAUCGAAAGUAGUAACCUGGCCCAGCAUCGGUUGAUCCAUACUGGAAAACGGGCACACAAAUGUACUGAUUGCGGGAAGGAGUUUUUCCGAAGCAGUAAUCUGGCGGAACACAUUCGGAUCCAUACUGGCGAACGGCCGCACAAAUGCGAGUUUUGUGAUAAACAGUUUAAACGGAGCUCGGAAUUGACAAAACAUGCUCGGCAGCAUACCGGGGAGCGACCAUACACAUGCGACAUUUGCGAGAAGGAUUUCAUUCGAAGCUACCAGCUGACGGUGCACCGGAGGAAGCACCAGAUACAGGCAGUGGAAUCAGGUGUGUCGCAAUCGAUUAGGAGGUAGUAACAUUGUAUAUAUCUACUACGUGAAUCAGGGAGCUCUCUCAUGUGCAUCAUUUAAAGAUUAGACGGAAUUGGAUAGGACACACUUCUCACAAUUCGGCGUUUGGUGCUCAAACCGAAAGACUGUUUCGGGUUCUUUCUCAUCAGUGAACCAGUACUGUGCUUGCCUUCCGAGGCACAAAGGAAUACUGACAAAUAGGUGGUAAAUUCCAGCGUUAAUAUAAAUUAUGGAAAUGGAAAGGUGCGAAUGCAUAACAAUCGAUUAUAAUUACAAUGAUACUAAAUGAAUUUAUUCA